AUGUACAAAGAUAAGCCGCAUUUCGCCCCGCGGCGCACGGCUCCGAGGAAGAAGUGGAGACCGUUAUUGGCUUUGCUGGGGCUGUCUAUACUCGCCUAUUUCUUUUAUAAUCAGCCAAAUAUUCCGACAUGGCAGAGAUCCGGUGGGUAUGAUAAAGGUGCUGCGCUGUGGAAUUGGAUGCAGACGCUUGAUGAUUCGGCUGUGUCUGAGAAACAUGUUGAUUGGAAUGCGCGCCGUGAGAAAGUCCGCGAGGCGUUCCAGGUUAGUUGGGAAGGAUACGAGAAAGAAGCAUGGGGGUACGACGAAUACAACCCCGUAUCGGGCAGGAACAAAAACAUGGUGGAGGGCGGCAUGGGCUGGAUCAUUGUCGAUUCCCUGGACACUAUGAUCCUCAUGAAUCUCACCUCUGAAGUUCGACAUGCGCGGCAAUGGAUCUCUACUUCGCUGCAAUAUGACCAAGACCACGACGUCAGUACCUUUGAGACAACGAUUCGCAUGCUCGGGGGACUCUUGUCGGCCCAUUAUUUGUCAACGCAGUACCCCAAUCUUGCAGCUAUCAAGGAAGAUGAUGUUGGUGCUGCUGGUGAGGAUUUGUAUAUUGAGAAAGCCACGGAUCUAGCAGAUCGACUCAUGGGGGGCAUUCGAGACACACUCGGGAAUCCCCUUGAAUUUAAGUAUAUGGCCAAACUCACCGGCGAAGCCGAGUAUUGGAAAGCUGCAGAGCGAGUAAUGGAGGUUGUUGACGAACAAGAGGCUGAAGAUGGCCUUGUUCCCAUCUACAUCCAUCCUGACAGUGGUGAAUUCAAAGGAGAUAACAUCCGCCUUGGUAGUCGCGGUGACUCUUAUUAUGAAUACCUCAUCAAGCAAUAUCUCCAAACGUCUCAGGAAGAGCCUAUGUACAAAUCUAUGUGGGAUGAAUCUCUGCGAGGCAUUCGCAAGCAUCUAAUUGCCUUCACCAAAGACGCAAAAUUGAUGGUCCUCGGUGAACGACCAGCCGGUCUGAAAAAGCGUUUGUCUCCUAAGAUGGACCACCUUGUCUGUUUCAUGCCGGGAACCAUUGCUCUUGGUGCUACUAGUGGCCUGCCCCUAUCCGUGGCAAGAAAGUCCGCCAGCUGGAACCAACAGCGAGAGGAAGAAAUGUUCAUUUCUCGCGAGCUGAUGAAGACCUGCUGGGCAACUUACUUGAACACGAAGACUGGGUUGGCACCCGAAAUUACCCACUUUGUCCUUGGCGACGAGCCUGUCAUGAUGGAAGAUACAUACCCAGAGCCAUCCAAGUCAGGAUCGACCUUUGAGAUGAGCAGUAUCUCCCAACCCCUGGCGGCUUUGCCGGAUGGCUCAGAGCCUUGGCGCAAGGAUGUCACCAUCAAGAGUAAUGACCGUCACAACCUCCAACGACCAGAGACGGUUGAGUCUCUAUUUUACAUGUAUCGCGUCACUGGAGAUGACAUGUACCGCGAAUGGGGCUGGGAAAUGUUCAAAUCUUUCAUCAAGCACACCGCUGUGCUGGAGGAGAAACCCCCUGCAAUCCCCGUCCCGGAAGUGCUGGCACGACGUGGCGAUUUCUGGAUGGCUGAGACUCUCAAGUAUUUCUAUCUUUUGUUCUCGGAUCGCGAUUUCAUCUCGCUCGAGGAGCACGUCUUCAAUACGGAGGCGCACCCGUUCCCUCGAUUCAAGCCCAGCGGCGAUUUGAAGACUGGUUGGCAGAGGAAGUCUUCUCGCAAGGCUGAGCAAUAG